AAAGGAAACCAACAACGCAAGCGCUUCCUCACCACCACUCCCACCACUCCGAGCGCCUCCUCCUGUCUCGUCCUCGUCCCCCGUCCCCUCGUCGGCGCCCGAUCUAAGUCAAGAUGAGUCGUGGCGGGAGUGCUGGUGGUGGUCAAAGUUCUCUGGGUUACCUGUUUGGAGAUGGUGAGCCUGCAAAGCCUGCUGCAGCACCAGCUGCGAAGGCCCCACCUGCUGAGAAACCAGCACAAGCACCUGCUGAUGUAGCCAAGCAGGUUCCAGCUGGCAUUCCAGGUAGCCGGGCGAACAACUAUUACCGUGCAGAUGGCCAGAACACUGGCAACUUCCUUACGGACCGUCCUUCAACUAAGGUUCAUGCUGCCCCUGGCGGUGGCUCGUCCCUGGGCUACUUGUUUGGCGGAAAGUGAUGUUAAUGAUGCUGCUUGAUGAACGAUGAAUCGGCCUGUAUCUCUGUUAUCCAUGUGGUGAAAACUGGAAAGUGUUUGGUUUCAGCAGUUUACCACCUGCGUCGAUGUACUCUGUCUGUAUGGUUCAUUGUGUCCAGGCUGACCUCCUGCUUGGAAGCCAGCUUGCCUAAAACCUGUCGCUUUCAAACUAAUCGUUUUCAUCUCAAAAGUUGGUGUGCCUAAUUCA